AUGAAAAUUAUCUUGUUAUUUGCGGCUUGCAGCUUCGUAGUAAAUGGACGAACUCACGAAAAUGGCCAAAACAAAAGAGAUUUGAUAUUAAAAGCUUUGACCAAUAUUGGAAGCCAAGACAUGCACUUUCCCGAGCAAAUGGUGGUCCGCCCGGAAAGCCAAUGGUUUGAAAAUGGGUUAAACGGAAAGAUUGAACAAAUACAGAUUGUUCUUGGAAUUUUGAUGGAAAACCUGGAAGCCUUCAAAGAAGAAGAUGGUAAUGAUGAAGAACAAACAGGUGGUCUACAUACUGCAAUUAAUAACCUAUAUGGCGAAAUUCUAAACCUGAAUAUAACGCUGACCGAUGCUACUAGAUCACAAGUAUUAUUACAAAACCCACUGUGGAAAAUCGUCAACAAACUUGAUCAGAUACAUGGAGAUGAAUUUACUAACAAUUUCUGGAAUGCCCUCUUCGCAAGUGGCGAUAUGAUGGAAGAACCAGUCACAGCAGAGGAAGACGAAACUACUGGGAAUGAGUACACUAACCCGAGCCCUAGCCAAAAGCUCUCGCAAAUGACUAAAACAUUGAAAAAUAUUACAGCCUUGGCAAGAAUUAUAGUUGGCGAGGGAAAAGUUUCAAAAAGCUUGUUGGAUGCUAUAUUGACUGCGCUAGACGUGAUAAGUCCAGAGACCACGACUACGACAACAGUAUGGACGACAACAUGGGACUUUGGUAGUGAAACAGCCACCAACCCACCGACUACUGAAGAACAAGACACUACACUAGAACCUACACAUAGUCCACAAACUACACCAGAACCUACAGAGAGUGCACAAACUACGCCAAAAACAACGGAGAGUCAGCAAACUACAUCACAGCCUACGUCAUCAACAGAAAGUUCAGUGGUUCGGAGGGAGAACCUUCUCAAACGUCGGCUGAUAGAUCUGUUACUGAAAAAGAUGACGGCUUCAAAAAGAGAAAAUAAUCCGCCAUAUUAAGAAUAUAAGAAAGGACAACAACACAAAACCUAAAAGAAACAGAUGAAAAACGAAAGAUUGUUAUACCUUAUUCAUUCAAAAUUAAACAUGCCUCUCAAAACAUACGUAAAGAUAAAUUAAGAUAUACUCAUUGUUUUCGGUAUUGUUUUCUUAGUUAUUGUCAACAAAUAGUGGAAUGUUUAAAACACUACUAUACAUUCUAAGUUAUUUAAGAAGCUUUAUACUGCUUUAACCACGAAGUAAAAUUUGAUAUAGAAGCAUGUAAAAUGUAUUUAGAUUUGCUUUUAUAUUGUAGAUAUAUCCCAGCUAGCCAUUUAUACACUCUGCAGUAGACGUUAGAAACUUGCUUUCGAGAUACUUGAACAUACAGGCUAAACAUUUCAAAUAUAUCUGUUUAAGGAAUUAUUACUCACCUAUUUAUAUGUUACUUUCGUGUAUCAGCUUAUAAUUUCUCUUUGAUUGUUGAGUAAUAGCAUGUACGAAAAUUUUCAUAAAUCCGCGAUGGCGAAUAUCAAUUUUGUAAAAGUAUUUACGACUCCUAAACCACACGGAAUUUUGUCCAAAUACGUGAUAUAAGGACCUUCUAUUAGAACUAUAUCUGUAAUUUUACAAGCCAAGAAUAAUUAUGUCAUUAAAACUAUUCAUCGUAUUAUGUAUGGUAAUUUAUGACUUUCUCAAAUGCAGACGAUAAACAGUGAAGUGGAAUAAUUAUUGUUACGUGAUUGCGUUUAAUUAACUGUUCUUUUCUUCACUAAGUAUACAUUAACUUAGCUCAGAGUCUCAGUGCAUCACAAAAUGACCUUGCCUUUUAGUGUAAAUUUACCCAAGAUGCAACUCGUGUUGUAUCGUUCACUCGAACCUGGAUGCAACACAAUAUAGCCUUCUUAGUUUCUUUAAAACUUAGAUGCAAUUCAAACACCUUCAGUACAAUGCAGGCCCUUCCCUCGUACUAAGAUGCAGUGCACAAUAGUAUUUAAAGUGUGUGCAAUAAAAAAUCAUUGCCACAUGGCAAGAUAAGUUUCUCUCAAACCUCAGAUUCAUUACAAAAUACCCUUCCCGCGUACCUCAAAUGCAAUACACUAUUGCUUUCUUUGUACCUUUCUUGCACUACAAUAUAGUCUUACCUGGCACAAUACACUAUAGCCUCUUUUCUGAGGUGCAAAACAAGCCAUUUUAAGUUUGAUGCCUGAUGUUUUGCAAUUAGCAUUACAUUGUACCUGAAUUUAUUGACAUCUUUUGCAUUAAACCGAGUUAAUGUUUUAUGAAAACGAACGAGUUAAAUAUAAAAGUGAAGACAAAAAAAAAUCUCAAUUAGUCCCAUUACAUAUUUUAUAUUAUACAGACUCAUUAGUAUACCACUAGAAAGGCAAUUUACACUUAGUCUAAAACAUGUGAAAACAAUAAUGCGAAUAAUUGCACAAUAUAAAUGCUUGCUCUUUUAAA